CAGAGCUCUCAACUCACAAACAAACACACACACACAAAAAAGACUCUUCCUUUAUUCGAACAAAUCUCUUUUUAUUGUUUCUAAAUUGUGAGUAAUGAAUAACAACGAAGAGAUUAAUCUGGCGGAGAUGAGGCCUAAGAAACGAGCGGGGAGGACAGUGUUCAAGGAGACACGUCACCCUGUUUACAGAGGUAUACGUCGUAGGAACGGCGACAAAUGGGUCUGCGAAGUCCGCGAGCCUACUCACCAACGCCGCAUUUGGCUCGGCACUUAUCCCACCGCCGAUAUGGCUGCCCGUGCUCACGACGUCGCUGUUUUGUCCCUCCGCGGCAGAUCCGCCUGUUUGAACUUCGCCGACUCUGCUUGGCGCCUACCCGUACCUGAGUCCAACGAUCCGGACGUCAUAAGAAGAGUCGCCGCGGAAGCCGCCGAGAUGUUUAGGCCCGCGGAGUUCGGCGGUGGGAUUACCGUUUUGCCCUUUUCUGGAGAUGAUGCAGACAUGGGUUCUGGUUCGGGAUCGGGAUCGGGUUCGGAGGAGAUGUAUUCUCCGUCGUAUGGAUACGGGGACUACGAAGAAGUGUCGACGACGAUGAUGAGGCUAGCUGAGGAGCCGUUAAUGUCGCCGCCGCGGUCGUAUAUGGAAGACAUGACUCCUAAUGUUUACAUGGAAGAAGAGACGUGUUAUGAAGAUAUGUCACUCUGGAGUUACAACUACUAAAAAUAUUUGAAAGUUUUAACAUUGUUAAAAGUUAAAAAGAGUUGUGUAAGUAAAAAGUGAAAAAGAGUUGUGUGAGAUUUUUAGCUGAGACUACUGAGAGGCGUUUAGAUCCUCUGAUGGAGUUAGAAGGUUCCUUGACGGGUAUAAAUUUUGUAAUAUUCUUGGAAUCCUUUUCUUCUUUAUAAAUUGAUUGGGCUUUUUGUGAA